GCCCUCCCACUGUGCCAACAUGGCGACGCCCAGGUCCUAAUCCGGGAAACGUGCACCGAAACUAAUUCGGUACUCUGGGCCGGGAGAAGACUUGGCAAUCAGAGGCGCCCGCGCGUGGAUGUCCCAUACGAGGAUCGUUUUGUGGCUAAGCCUCACUCUCCGCUCCGCCCGAAGUCUCUGUAGAGCCCGAUUUAUGGAGGGGCAGCCCCAAGGGCCGCCGAAUCCAGCACCGAUGGAGAACGGCAGCAGGCCCUGCGGAGAAGAGCGCUUACGUGAAGCCCAGGAGACGACAGUCACCGAGGGGGCCGCCAAGAUCGCCUUCCCCAGCGCCAACAAGGUCUUUUACAACCCGGUGCAGGAGUUCAACCGGGACCUGACAUGUGCUGUGAUCACCGAGUUUGCUCGCAUUCAACUUGGGGCCAAAGGAAUCCAGAUCAAGGUGCCAGGUGAGAAGGAUGUGCAAAAGGUGGUCGUGGACUUGUCGGAGCAAGAAGAGGAAAAGAUUGAAUUGAAAGAGGGUGAAAAUCUGGCCCCAGGAGACCAACCUCAAACGGCUGCUGUGGGAGAGAUCUGUGAGGAAGGCCUGUGGGUGCUGGAGGGCCUGGCAGCUUCAGGUCUACGUUCCAUUCGAUUUGCCCGAGAGGUACCUGGGCUCCGAUCUGUGGUGGCCAAUGACUCCUCUGCUCAGGCUGUGGAUCUCAUUCGUCGUAAUGUGCAGCUCAAUAACGUGGCCCACCUGGUACAGCCCAGCCAGGCCGAUGCCAGGAUGCUGAUGUACCAGCACCAGAGGGUGUCGGAGAGGUUUGAUGUCAUCGACCUGGACCCCUAUGGCAGCCCUGUCCACUUCUUGGACGCAGCUGUGCAGAGUGUGAGCGAAGGAGGGCUGCUGUGCGUGACCUGCACGGACAUGGCGGUGCUGGCAGGGAACAGCGGAGAAACAUGCUACAGCAAGUACGGGGCCAUGGCCCUCAAGAGCCGGGCCUGCCAUGAGAUGGCCCUGAGAAUUGUCCUGCACAGCCUGGACCUCCGUGCCAACUGCUACCAGCGCUUCGUGGUGCCACUGCUCAGCAUCAGUGCGGAUUUCUAUGUGCGUGUUUUUGUUCGCGUCUUCACUGGCCAGGCCAAGGUCAAAGCCUCAGCCAGCAAGCAGGCGCUGGUGUUCCAGUGUGUGGGCUGUGGGGCCUUCCACCUUCAGCGCCUCGGCAAAGCAUCAGGAGCCCCUGGUGGCCGGGUCAAGUUCUCUGCAGCCUGUGGUCCCCCGGUGACCCCUGAGUGUGAGCACUGCAGGCAGCGACAUCAGCUCGGUGGCCCCAUGUGGGCAGAGCCCAUCCAUGACCUGGACUUCGUGAGCCGUGUCCUGGAGGCUGUGAGCGCCAACCCCAGCCGCUUCCACACGUCCGAGCGGAUCCGAGGGGUCCUGAGCGUCAUCACUGAGGAGCUCCCAGACGUGCCUCUCUACUACACGCUGGAUCAGCUGAGCAGCACCAUCCAUUGCAACACACCCAGCCUCCUGCAGCUACGGUCGGCCCUCCUCCAUGCUGGCUUCCGGGUCUCGCUUUCCCACGCCUGUAAGAACGCAGUGAAGACGGACGCCCCUGCUUCAGCUAUCUGGGACAUCAUGCGCUGCUGGGAGAAGGAGUGUCCAGUGAAACGGGAGCGACUGUCAGAGACCAGCCCAGCGUUCCGCAUUCUCAGUGUGGAGCCCAGGUUGCAGGCCAACUUCACCAUCCGGGAGGAUGCCAACCCCAGCUCCCGCCAGCGAGGACUCAAGCGCUUCCAGAUCAACCCAGAGGCCAACUGGGGUCCCCGGCCCCGUGCCCGCCCAGGGGGCAAGGUGGCAGACGAAGCCAUGGAGGAGAGACGCAGGCUGCUCCAGAAUAAGCGAAAGGAACCGACUGAAGACCCGGCCCAGCGGGCUGCCCGGCUCAAGACAUUUCCUUGCAAGAGGUUCAAGGAGGGCACCUGUCAACGGGGGGAUGAGUGCUGCUACUCCCACAGCCCCCCAACACCCAGAGCCUCUGCUGAUGCUAUACCAAGUGACUGUCCAGAGACCUCCAACCAGAAUCCCCCUGGGCCUGGGGCCACCCCUGGGCCAGGCGUAGACUGAGCCAAUAAAGAGAUAUUACCUUCC